AUGAAGAAAUCUCCCUGUAAAAAAGGUGCUCAGAAAGCACAAAUAUAUACUACUUGCAUCCGAAAUAAUCUUAUAACUAAAGACUUAACAUUUUCCACAAAUGGUAUUAAAAAAACUGCUAAAUGGGAACACUUGAUACAGCUAUACCAAGCUGACAGCUUCAUACCUGACUGCAAAAUGCUACCUCGAUUAACAGAUGCACAUGUAAUACCAGAAAAACUUCCUAAGAUGAAAGUUCGAAACGCUUGUCAAGUGUUUAGUCAACGAGUUUCAGCAAUAAUGAAUUUCCUUGCUUCUAAGUCUAUCAUUGAUCCUGGUGCAGCAGAUACAGCAGAAAUUUUUUUAUUUUUCGAUAAAUUAUUCGAUUCACUCAACGGCUCUUUUGACAAGGUAGUUGAUGGGAAAAUUUUCAGAACGUCUGUCAAAAAGAAUUCAAUACAUCAUCAACUUUGGAUGGAUAGUUUAAAAGUAUUGUCUACUAUGAAAUUUGUUAACAAAAACGGAAAAGCCGUCAGUAUACCAACAAUAAAAAAUUGGGAAAUGACUAUAAGGGGAUUCCAAACAUUAUCAAAGGCUUUACACAUUAAGGGGAUACAAUCAUUACUUCCCAGAGUUUUAAACCAAGAUUCUUUAGAAAACUUAUUUGGAGGCAUUAGAAGUGUUGGAUGCUCAAAUCCUACGUGCAGCAUUUUCAUGUCAUCAUACAAAACAUUACUACUUAAUAAUUUGGUUUCGUCUCACUCACCUGGGGCAAAUUGUGAGGAUUUCACUGAAGGAUGUUUACUGACGUACAAAAACUUAUUUUCCAUUAGACAAGAAACUCCAGAAAUGCCACUUCUUUCGUGUGAUUUACCUGAACAAGUUAUUCCUAACCAGCUUGAUACAACUCAGUAUUUAAGAGACCUCACGCAUACAUUUAUUUCUGGGUAUAUUAUCAAAAAAAUUAAUAAAAACUUAUUAAAAAAUUGUAAAACAUGUUUAAAACUAAUAUGCUCAAAUAAUACAUCUAGUGAAAACUAUGAGCUAUUACAAGCUAGAGAAUACCAACCUUCUCGACCAUCUUUAAAAUAUCCAGCACCAUCAUUUGGUUUAUUAGUUAGUAAAAUAAUUGUCAAUAUCACUCAAUGUUUACCUUCUGUAUGCCAUCACCCCAAAAUUAAAUCAAUUCUUAUAGAUAAAAUUCUUUCAAAUUUUAAUCUAAGUAUUUUACACUGUCCAAAGCAUGAUGAUAGUAUUCAAUAUAAAAUUGCUGAAUGCAUUGUAAAUUUAUUUCUUCAUUUUAGGUGUACCGAAAUUAACAGGAUACUGUCAGGAAAGCGUAAAAUUAAACACAAUGAAAAAGACCCCAUCAAACUGUUAGCCAACUCGUGGUACGAAAAACACUCUAAAAAAAAAGUAAAAAUCGGCAAAUUUAAUCAGGUAUAA